GACAACAGUUCGAUGUUUUUCGACUUUUUCAACCAAAUUUUUUUCUAGAACAAAAAAAAAUAAUAAUCAAAAGGUAAAUUUUAAUCUUCUUUUUAUUGUGAAUAAUUGAGUUUACGUGGAAAAAGCUCGAAUAGUUUGGAACAUUCAAAAAAUAAGGUGAAAAUAAUAUGGAAAGAAAUUCAAGUGCAAUACCUUCAGGCAUUUUAAUCAAUCGAAGAAAUCCCACACAUCCGUCCAAUAUUGAUUAUGAAACUUCAAGUCCUGUCACAUUUCAACCACAGCAAAGCAGAAUUUCUAGUGGUAGGCAUGUUCCGCCGGGCUUGGAGUAUUUAACAAAUGUCAAUCGAUUGAUUCUUAAACGAAGCGCCCAUUAUUGUUCUUCGCGAAACGUUGAGUUUUCCAUACAAAACGAAUCAAAGGAAGAUGUGUAUUUGGGCGUUGAGGAAGAUAAAAGUGAUGGUUGCUUCACAUUCGGAUGUGGAUUACUUGGAAUGACCAUUUCGGAUCUUCGUGGAAACGAAGUGUUACAUUUUUCACGUGCCUCGUCAUGUGGUGGCCAUUUAACGAUGGAAGUGAAAAUACCUUUUGGCGCAGUUAUAGCUCAUGUGGAACAACAGAGCAUUAUGUCAACGAACAAAUUCAUUGUGAAAAACCACAAGGGCGAAACAGUGCUACGCAUUAAAACGAAAAGCUCUGGUAGAAAGUUUAAGAUUCUAACAUUAGAAGGCAAUCAAGUUGGUCUUAUUGAAAGGCUUGCAUACGACAAAAUAUUUUUCCCCAAAUUCACCUUCAUGGACGUCACUUUUGAUAUGAAUUUAAGUGUUCAGAUGAAGGCGGCUUUGAUGGCAGCAAGCCAUUUAAUUGUGAAUUAAUUUUUGGUGAUUUUUCAAUUCAAGUUUGUUUUAAAAACAUUUUUUACGGGACGUAUUGUUUAAAAUGGCAAUAAAAACAGGAGCAGCAGCAGCAACAGCAACUGCUUUGUAAAUUUUAUCAUCGAAGGGAGUCUCAGCCAGAAAACAAAAACAGGCGAUUUCGACCAAUCGGACAUUUCCAUUCCGAUCUAUCAUAAAAAAAAUAUAUAUUUUUGCACUUUUUGAAGCAUUUUGUAGAUAUUUUCUAUACUUCUUAAAAAAAUUGAAAUAUACGCACCAAUAAAAUAA